CCCCGAAUUUCAUCCACAUUUCCACCCCGCCGCCGCCGCCCCUGUCCCGCUCGUCCUCCAGAAAUGGCGACGUCGCCGCGCCUCCUCCUCCUCGUGGUGCUACUCCUCUUCGCGUCGGCGGCGGCCCCCUCCGCCGCGGUAAGGUUAGUCGUCGGUGGCGGCAAGCGCUGGGCACCCAACGUCAACUACACCGACUGGGCGGAUGGGCACGAGUUCCACGUCGGCGACUGGCUCGAAUUCGACUACGAGAAGGACAGGUACGACGUGGUCCAGGUGAACGAGACGGCGUACGCGAAGUGCGACGGGGGCAGCCCGAUCCUCAGCUACAGCCGCGGCCGCAGCUUCGUCUUCCGCCUCAACACCACGGGCCGGCUCUACUUCAUCUGCAGCCGCGGCUACUGCUGGAACGGCAUGAGGGUGUCUGUGCUCGUCCAGCCCGCGCCGCCGCCGCCGGCGGCCAUGGCGCCGUCGUCCCACGCCCGCGCCGCGACCGGGGUCUGGCGGUGGGCGGCUCUCACUGUCUUGAUAGGCUUGGCGGUGCCUUUUCGGGUGUGAACGGAAAGGCGCAAGCACUGGCCGUUCUGCGCGGUGCCUUCCUGACUGCCAUGGUCUACAGAUGUUUGCCUACCGUGCUAUCCAUUUUUUGCAGCUUAACGUAGUCGUGUUUGGAAGGAAAUCAAAUAAUAGAGAGAGAAAAUGAGCCA